AUGAUUUGGCCAGGAGGAGGUAGAUGCUCAGAUGUCACUCAAGACGGCGAGAUCACAAAUGAACCGUUUUGGGGUGCGAUCGGGUCAAUCGACAUAAUGGAUCCUACCGCCAUGAGCGUACGGUCUUUCUUCUCUCUUUCCGAUAAAUACAUGUACGGGCUAUGCAGAGCCAUGCGGCCUUCCCCUCGCUUAAUGCCGUCAGACGCCAGGAAUUCCAGAGAUGUAACUUUCUGGAAAUCGGUAGUUUCAGAUUUCCAGGAAAUCAUGCGGGACUUCGAAAACAAUCUCUGGGAAGGUAAUCGUGUUGAUAAAGGAAAGCUGCCACCGACAGAGUCUUAUACGCAAAAACAUCUCAAACAAAAAUAUCAAUUUGACGAUUCCGAUUUGACGAUCAUCGCAAGCGAUGGGGCGAAGCUUUGUAUCCACCGAGAUAUUCUCAACCAUACCAGCUCGACAUUCAAGGACGUACUGGCAUGUCUUCAAGUCCACCCCAAAAGUGCCACAGAGCUAGAGUUCACCGAUACAGAGAUCGAAGCGUCCCGAACCGUCAAGCUGAUCCUUGCAUUCCUAUACAACCCUGUCGAUAUCAAGUCUCCAGCUUCUGAGGAGGUCCGGGAAUUCGUUGACUUGAUCCAAUUUUGCCUCAAAUACGAUGCGUCAGAUGUGUUGGAGAACCUUCGGACUUACCUUUACUUAUGGAAUCGUAUUGGGUCCGUUUCCUUUGCCGAUGUGUUUCUCGCGGCUUCUUAUAUGGACGACCUACCUCUCAUGGUCGCAGCUUUCAGCAAUCCCAAAAAUAUCUGGGGUGGUGGACGAGUACGAGCUGAUCAUACAACUAGAAACACAUCCCUUGGAAUGAUUGAAGGUGCUCCAAUGUUCGAUCUGACUGCAGCUCCCUUCGAAUGGUUCGUACAGAUUCCAAUGGACAUCAAAUGGAGCCUCCUGAGAGGGACACGGCGCAGCUUCUUCCAGCCUCUGAAUGAUCAGAGGUGGCUGAGAGCAGGCACCGUGUUCGAAAUUUGUGUCAAGCGACUUCGUGCCUAUCGCUCCGGCAGCUACAAGAAGUAG